AUGAUCCGCCUCGGGGCUCCCCAAACGCUGGUGCUGCUGACGCUGCUCAUCGCCGCUGUCCUUCGCUGUCAGGGCCAGGACGCACAGGAGGCUGGCAGCUGUGUGCAGGACGGGCAGAGGUAUAAUGAUAAGGAUGUGUGGAAGCCCGAGCCCUGCCGGAUCUGUGUCUGUGACACGGGGACUGUCCUCUGCGACGACAUAAUCUGUGAAGAUGUGAAAGACUGCCUCAGGCCCGAGAUCCCCUUCGGAGAGUGCUGCCCCAUCUGCCCAACUGACCUCGCCACUGCCAGUGGGCACCCAGGACCAAAGGGACAGAAAGGAGAACCUGGCGACAUCAAGGAUGUUGUAGGACCCAAAGGACCUCCUGGGCCCCAGGGACCUGCAGGUGAACAAGGCCCCCGAGGUGAUCGUGGCGACAAAGGCGAAAAAGGUGCCCCUGGACCUCGUGGCAGAGAUGGAGAGCCUGGGACCCCUGGAAACCCUGGUCCGCCCGGUCCUCCUGGCCCCCCUGGUCCCCCUGGUCUUGGUGGAAACUUUGCUGCCCAGAUGGCUGGAGGCUUCGAUGAGAAGGCUGGAGGAGCCCAGAUGGGAGUUAUGCAAGGGCCAAUGGGUCCCAUGGGACCAAGAGGACCUCCAGGCCCUGCCGGGUCACCGGGACCUCAAGGGUUUCAAGGCAAUCCUGGUGAACCUGGCGAACCCGGAGUUUCUGGCCCCAUGGGUCCCCGUGGUCCUUCUGGCCCCCCUGGAAAACCUGGUGAUGAUGGUGAAGCUGGAAAACCAGGGAAAUCUGGUGAAAGAGGCCCUCCUGGCCCUCAGGGUGCUCGUGGUUUCCCAGGAACCCCAGGUCUUCCAGGUGUCAAAGGUCACAGGGGUUACCCAGGUCUAGACGGUGCCAAGGGGGAAGCAGGUGCUCCCGGUGCUAAGGGUGAGAACGGCGCCUCUGGUGAGAAUGGAUCUCCGGGUCCCAUGGGUCCCCGGGGUCUGCCUGGCGAGCGAGGACGGACUGGUCCUGCCGGUGCUGCGGGUGCCCGAGGCAAUGACGGCCAACCAGGCCCUGCAGGCCCUCCGGGUCCCGUGGGUCCUGCUGGUGGCCCUGGCUUUCCCGGUGCUCCUGGUGCUAAGGGUGAAGCUGGCCCUACUGGUGCUCGUGGCCCUGAAGGCGCUCAGGGUCCCCGCGGUGAAUCUGGUACUCCUGGCUCCCCCGGGCCUGCCGGUGCCUCUGGUAACCCUGGAACUGACGGAAUUCCUGGCGCUAAAGGAUCGGCUGGUGCCCCUGGGAUUGCUGGUGCUCCUGGCUUCCCUGGGCCCCGUGGUCCUCCUGGCCCUCAAGGUGCCACCGGUCCUCUAGGCCCAAAAGGCCAGACGGGAGAGCCUGGUAUCGCGGGCUUCAAAGGUGAACAAGGCCCCAAAGGAGAGACCGGUCCUGCCGGCCCCCAGGGAGCCCCAGGCCCAGCUGGUGAAGAAGGCAAGAGAGGUGCCCGUGGAGAGCCUGGUGGUGCUGGGCCCAUUGGUCCCCCCGGAGAACGAGGUGCCCCUGGCAACCGUGGUUUCCCAGGUCAAGAUGGUCUAGCAGGUCCCAAAGGGGCCCCUGGAGAGCGAGGGCCCGCUGGCCUGGCAGGUCCCAAGGGACCCAACGGGGAAAAUGGUCGACCCGGAGAACCUGGCCUUCCUGGAGCCCGGGGCCUCACUGGUCGCCCUGGUGAUGCCGGUCCUCAAGGCAAAGUUGGCCCCUCGGGUGCCCCUGGUGAAGACGGUCGUCCUGGUCCUCCCGGUCCUCAGGGGGCUCGUGGGCAGCCUGGUGUCAUGGGUUUCCCUGGCCCCAAAGGUGCCAAUGGUGAGCCUGGCAAAGGUGGUGAGAAGGGACUGCCUGGAGCACCCGGUCUGAGAGGUCUUCCUGGUAAAGACGGUGAAACAGGUGCUGCAGGCCCCCCCGGCCCCGCUGGACCUGCUGGAGAACGGGGCGAGCAGGGGGCUCCUGGACCAUCUGGGUUCCAGGGACUUCCUGGCCCUCCCGGUCCCCCAGGUGAAGGUGGAAAAGCAGGUGACCAGGGUGUUCCCGGUGAAGCUGGUGCGCCUGGCCUUGUGGGCCCCAGAGGUGAGCGGGGCUUCCCAGGAGAACGAGGCUCUCCAGGGGCCCAGGGCCUCCAGGGCUCCCGUGGCCUCCCUGGCACUCCUGGCACAGACGGUCCCAAAGGUGCUUCUGGACCAGCUGGACCCCCCGGGGCCCAGGGCCCUCCAGGUCUGCAGGGAAUGCCUGGCGAGAGAGGAGCAGCUGGUAUCUCUGGGCCUAAGGGAGACAGGGGUGAUGUUGGUGAGAAAGGUCCCGAGGGAGCCCCUGGGAAAGACGGUGGCCGAGGCCUUACAGGUCCUAUUGGCCCCCCUGGCCCUGCUGGUGCCAAUGGUGAGAAGGGGGAAGUUGGACCUCCUGGCCCGGCGGGGACGGCUGGAGCUCGAGGUGCCCCGGGUGAACGUGGACAGGCUGGCCCCCCCGGGCCCGCUGGAUUUGCAGGGCCUCCUGGUGCUGAUGGUCAGCCUGGUAUCAAGGGCGAGCAAGGAGAGGCCGGCCAGAAAGGUGACGCUGGUUCCCCAGGUGCUCAGGGCCCCUCAGGAGCUCCCGGGCCUCAGGGUCCUACCGGAGUGACUGGCCCCAAAGGAGCCCGAGGUGCACAAGGCCCUCCGGGAGCCACUGGAUUCCCCGGAGCUGCUGGCCGCGUCGGACCCCCAGGCUCCAAUGGUAACCCCGGCCCCCCUGGGCCCCCUGGCCCCUCUGGCAAAGAUGGCCCCAAAGGAGCACGAGGAGACAGCGGCCCCCCUGGCCGUGCUGGUGACACUGGCCUCCAAGGUCCUGCUGGAGCCCCUGGCGAAAAAGGGGAGCCUGGAGAUGAUGGGCCUUCCGGUCCUGACGGCCCUCCAGGCCCCCAAGGUCUUGCUGGGCAGAGGGGCAUCGUGGGUCUGCCUGGACAGCGUGGUGAGAGAGGAUUCCCCGGCCUGCCCGGCCCGUCGGGUGAGCCUGGUAAGCAGGGAGCUCCCGGCUCCUCUGGUGACCGAGGUCCCCCUGGCCCGGUGGGCCCUCCCGGCCUGAGUGGUCCUUCUGGUGAGCCUGGACGCGAGGGAAGCCCUGGUGCUGACGGCCCCCCUGGCAGAGACGGAGCAGCCGGUGUGAAGGGUGACCGUGGUGAGACUGGUCCCCUCGGUGCUCCAGGAGCUCCUGGACCCCCUGGCUCUCCUGGCCCCUCCGGCCCAACUGGCAAGCAGGGAGACCGAGGAGAAGCUGGUGCACAAGGCCCCAUGGGACCUGCUGGGCCAGCAGGAGCCCGAGGAAUAGCCGGCCCACAAGGCCCCCGAGGGGACAAAGGAGAAACUGGAGAGGCUGGCGAGAGGGGACUGAAGGGGCAUCGUGGCUUCACUGGUCUGCAGGGGCUGCCCGGCCCUCCUGGUCCUUCUGGAGACCAAGGUGCUUCCGGUCCUGCUGGUCCUUCUGGCCCUAGAGGUCCCCCCGGCCCUGUUGGCCCCUCUGGCAAAGAUGGCUCUAAUGGAAUCCCUGGCCCCAUCGGACCCCCAGGCCCCCGUGGACGUUCGGGAGAAACUGGCCCUGCUGGUCCUCCUGGCAAUCCUGGCCCCCCCGGCCCUCCAGGUCCCCCCGGCCCCGGCAUCGACAUGUCCGCCUUUGCUGGCCUCGGCCAGAGAGAGAAGGGCCCUGACCCGAUGCAGUACAUGCGGGCUGACCAGGCAGCUGGAUCGCUGAGGCAGCACGACGUCGAGGUGGAUGCCACGCUCAAGUCCCUCAACAACCAGAUCGAGAACAUCCGCAGCCCCGAGGGCUCUCGCAAGAACCCCGCGCGCACCUGCCGUGACCUGAAACUCUGCCACCCUGAGUGGAAGAGCGGAGACUACUGGAUUGACCCCAACCAGGGCUGCACCUUGGACGCCAUGAAGGUCUUCUGCAACAUGGAGACCGGCGAGACCUGCGUCUACCCCAACCCGGCCAACGUCCCCAAGAAGAACUGGUGGAGCAGCAAGGGCAAGGAGAAGAAGCACGUUUGGUUUGGGGAAACCAUCAAUGGCGGCUUCCACUUCAGCUAUGGAGAUGACAACCUGGCCCCCAACACUGCCAGCAUCCAGAUGACCUUCCUGCGCCUGCUCUCCACGGAGGGCGCCCAGAACAUCACCUACCACUGCAAGAACAGCAUCGCCUACCUGGACGAAGCCGCCGGCAACCUCAAGAAGGCCUUACUUAUCCAGGGCUCAAACGACGUGGAGAUUCGGGCUGAGGGUAACAGCAGGUUCACGUACAGUGCCCUGAAGGAUGGCUGCACGAAACACACCGGUAAGUGGGGCAAGACCAUCAUCGAGUACCGGACCCAGAAGACCUCUCGCCUCCCCAUCAUUGACAUCGCACCCAUGGACAUAGGGGGGCCGGAUCAGGAAUUUGGUGUGGACAUCGGGCCUGUCUGCUUCUUGUAAACAAACCAACAGAACAAACAAACCCCAAGCCAGAAGCAACACAGCCCGUUCUAAACAAGACCCCGCGUACUUUCCACCCUGGUCACUCUAGGACUCUGCAUGGGACGGCUGACCUGACCUGAUGGCCAUUCAUCCCCACCUCUCACAUUGUGGACUUUUUCAUCCCCCUCUCUUCCUGAGAGACCUGAACUGGGCAGACUGCAAAAUAAAAUCUUGGCGUUCUAUUUAUUUAUUGUCUUCCUGGGAAAAACCUUUGGGUCAAGGCCGAGGCCGGAAACUAACUGGUGUGAGUCAAAUGCCCCUGAGUGACUGCCCCUCCUCUGCCCGGGCACGAUGACCAACAUCUGGUGCCAGGCGCAGGAACUGUGUGUGUCCUUACAC